AUGCACCUCCCCAUCCCCCUCACCGUCGCCCUCGCAACCCUCCUUCCAGCCACAACCCUCGCCUCUCCGACCCCUCACUCCAACAGCAACCACAACUACAACACCACCACCAAAGCAAAAGAAACUGUCCCACUUCCCCUAAUCAUCUGGCACGGCCUCGGCGACACCUUCACAAACCCCACCCUCACCGCCCUCACCGACAUGGUGACCACCAUCCACGAAGGCACCUACACCCACCUGAUCCACCUCGGCGACGACGCCGCCACCGACCGCCGCAACACCUUCCUGGGCAACCUCACCACGCAAGUCGCUGACGUGUGCGCGCAGCUCGCCGCCGACCCCAUUCUGCGCACUGCCCCCGCCGUGAACGCGCUCGGCUUCUCCCAGGGCGGCCAGUUCCUGCGCGCCUACGUCGAGCGCUGCAACGCCCCGCCCGUCCGCACGCUCAUCACCUUUGGCUCGCAGCAUAAUGGCAUCACGAAGUUUCAGGACUGCAAGUGGGGGGACUGGGUGUGUCGUGGGGCGGAGGCGUUGUUGCAUGCGGGGAGGUGGAGUGCGGUCGUGCAGGGGGGUUUCGUGCCGGGACAGUAUUUUCGGCCUUCGGAGGGGGGAGGAGUGCAAACGGAGGAAUCGGAGAUGGAGCUUUAUCUCCAGCAUAGCAAUUUCCUGGCGGAUGUGAACAAUGAGCGCGUGGUCAAAAAUGCGACUUACAAGGAGAAUUUGAGUCGGCUGGAGAAGUUUGUGAUGUUUUUGUUUGAAGAGGAUGGGGUGGUCCAUCCCAAGGAGUCGGCGUGGUUUGGGGAGGUGGACGCGGACGGGGAGGUGGUUGGAGUCAGGGAGAGGGAUAUCUACAAGGAGGAUUGGAUUGGGUUGCGCGAAUUGGAUGAGAAGGGGGCUUUGGUGUUUCGGUCGGUGCCGGGGAGGCAUAUGGAUAUUGGGGAGGAAGUGUUGGAGAGUGUUGUGAGGGAGUUUCUGGGGCCGGUCGAGGUGGAUUUGAGUGAAGAUGUUGAUACACAUGGGCAGAAAUUGGGAUUGGUUGUGCAGGGUGGAUACUAG